AUUUUUCUUCAGUCUCGUCUCGUCUUUUGUCUUGUCUAUGAAUAUCAAAUCAUUUUCGAAGUCUGGAAAAUGGCUGCUGCAAAUAUUGCUCGCAGUGCUCUAAGUGGAUUAUUACGAAAAUCCACUUCCUAUAGGACGCCGGUAGUAUGCCGGCUUUCAACUGUGGCCCUGCAGCAAAAAUAUAGUACAGUCAAUGCUGCCAUUAAGACAUGCAUCUCCCUGAACGGUCAAAAUGGGGUACAGCGAACACAACAUUAUUCGUCAGGCGGGCACCCCAAGCCCUCGCCAGUGGAAAUAGAGGAACGAGUGAUGAAAGUUUGCAAGGCAUACGACAAACUCAGUUGUGUUAAGUUGAAUGUAGACAGCCACUUUCUAAAUGACCUCGGUCUGGACUCCCUGGACCAUGUAGAGGUCAUUAUGGCGAUGGAAGAUGAGUUCGGUUUUGAAAUUCCAGACGGUGAUGCAGAGAGGCUGGUUAGACCUAAAGAUAUUAUCCAAUACAUUGCUGACAAAGAGGAUGUUUAUGCAUAAAUUACACAAUUACAACAAGUAGCUUUGUCUCUGCUAUUUCAGGCCAGUUGUACAAUAAUACUGUUGAAAGUUUAACCAAAGUGCAUUGCUUUUACAAUACAACUGGCCUAAGGUCUCAGGACAUUGAAUUUAGAUUUUAGUUCAAUUUAUUAUCCUUGUUAUUCAAUUAAGAAUGAACAAUGUGAACUCUGCUGAUCCAACAUCCAUCUCUAAAGAUGUAUAAAGUGUAAAUUCUGUUUUUAUUGAUUAUAUGCCUGUUAGAGUAGA